AGUAUGUACGAAACAAUGGAUAAAGGUACCACGCCAUUCUAUAUUUUCAACAUGGCUACGUUCAGGGGGAUACCGCUAUCGAAGAUAUCUCCACAAUUUCUGCAUGCCAAUUCAACGUCACACACCUGGCCAUUCAGUGCAAUUGCAGAACUUAUAGAUAACGCAUAUGACCCAGAUGUGGCUGCCAGUGAAUUGCACAUCAACAAAACAGUCAUAUGUGGGAAACCAUGUCUUAUUUUUGAAGACAACGGCAAUGGCAUGGACCAUGAACAUCUGUUAAAAAUGUUAAGCUUUGGCUACUGUGAAAAGGAGAAGUAUGAGAACCGUCCUGCACACUUACCUAUAGGGCACUAUGGCAAUGGGUUUAAGUCUGGAUCAAUGCGGCUGGCAGAGGAUGCAUUGGUGUUCACACUUUGUGAUAUUAGUGCAAGCGUGGGCUUCCUUUCCCAGACCUAUCUUAAAACAAUAAAAUCGGAUUCCGUCGUCAUACCAAUGUUGGAGUUUCGAUUACCAAACUUGGAGAGAAUAAAAUCUCAAGAGUCAAGAAACAAUUUGGAUGCUAUUUUAAAGCACACUCCAUUCAAGACAGAACAGGAUAUCAAAGAAGAGUUACGGUCCAUUAACAGAAAUCGUACUGGUACAGGCACUAAGAUUAUCUUAUACAACCUCAAGAGGUUGAAAAAUGGCAAACUAGAGCUCGACUUUGAAUCAGACAAUGCUGACAUUCGUAAUCCUGAAGCCCAUGAAGUUGAUUUAACUUCUGUUUAUCACCGCACAAGCCAUGUGGAAACCUCAGAGUAUGUCCAGUCUUUACGGACGUAUUGCAGCAUUCUCUUUCUACGACCACGGAUGAAAAUCUUUAUCCGAGGAGUAAGGGUGAAGAGUAAACUGAUUUCCAAGUCACUUUCUCAGACAGAGAUUGAUGUUUACAAGCCUACAUGGAUGGAGAGGCCCCUGAAGAUUACUUUUGGCUUUGUGUGUAACAAAGAUUACAACAAAGAAGACUACGGUGUCAUGUUCUACCAUCGUAACAGACUUAUUAAGCCGUAUGAAAAGCUCGGCUACCAGAAACAGCCCAAUGAGCUGGGGGUAGGAGUGGUUGGGGUGGUACAAGUGGACUUCCUGAAACCCAUUCAUAACAAGCAAGACUUCCAGAAAGAUGAAAAGUACAAUGCUAUAAUGUCAGCCAUAGCUCUGAAACUUAAUGAUUAUUGGAACGAGAAGAAAAGUGGCAAAGAAGUGAAGGAUUUUGGAAACAUUAGAACAUCUCUACCUGAUUGGCUAUGGGUCCAGUGUGAGCGUUGCCUCAAGUGGAGAAGGCUGCCAGAUAGUGCCCGGUCCUCACCUCUACCAGAUCAGUGGUACUGUCACAUGAAUCCUGACCCAACACACAACCGAUGUGACAUUUUAGAGGAGCCUGAAGAUGAAGACCAAGCAGUACAGAGACCAACAUAUGCCAAAACUUUCAAAAAACAAAUGGAAGAGAGAAAACGUCGCAAACAGGCUGACAUUAAUGCCAAGGAGGCAGAGCUAAAAGCCAAAGAGGCAGAACUGCUGGAGAGACAACGUCAGCAGCAGCUGAAUGAGGUGAGUAGCUCACAGGAGAGCAGUCGCAGCAUUGCAAAUCUGCAGAAAGCACUAAUGGAGGCCAAGAAGCGAGAGGAGACCCACAAGAGGCUGAUCCUUCAGAUCCAAAACCAAAAGAAACAGCUGGAGCUUGAACACCAGUCUCUCCUCCAGGCAGCCAACAGUCUGCAGAACACGAAUACUGACACAGCUGAGCUGCUGCAGGUGGCCGCAGCAUUAACAGGGGAAAGCCCAGUCUCUUCAACCAGCGGCAAGGGAGGCAAACGCAAGACCCUGGACUUGGGGGAAGGUGGUGGAAAACGCAUUGAUAUUAAGAUGGAAACAGGGGAGAUGGUGUCCAUUGAAAGAAAUGAUGAUGUUGAAGAUGAAGAGAUGCCUGCAGAUCAAACAUCUUUCCUGGAACCUUAUACAUCUUCUCCAAAUGUUCAUUCUCCUUUUUCAUCCACCCCUAAUAGCUCACCCCUUGCCAUUAAUGGUGUAACAUCCAGAAACAUAAGUUCCAUAUCUUUUUCUUCCUCAACAAAAGAUGCCACAAGCAUUUCGAGCAGAAGACGCUCGCGACAACAACCUGCUUUAGAACCUGUUAAUGCAAAUGCUGUUGUGAUUGAUCUCACUGGUGAAAAGAUUACAAGUUCAUCUUUGAAUUCUCCAGUUGUGUUAGAGAGUGAAGAUGUAAAACCAGAUAUGAGCAUAUUUAAUGUGGCCAAUGUGACCACAAACAGUGGCCAGAGAAAAGGCAGUGCCAGUUCUCAGGGGGAAGAAGAUCCUUUAACAGGUCCAGGCAUGCCUCUUUCAAAUAAUAAAAGAGUUGUGAACGUGAAGGUUGAAGGACAAGAGACCAGAUAUACUCAGCUUAAACAAAAGUAUGAAUUGCUUCAGAAACGGUUUGGGGUUUUGCAGAAAAACGUCCACAAACUUCUUAGUUUUAUCGUACCUGAUGUUGACCUGGGGAAUGAAGAAGACAUUGAAGUCAUUGUUACAGAAAUGAUUCGUGUUAACUGUGCACAGGAAGAGAAAGCAUAGUGCUUGGUGUUGAACCUAUCCUGAUGUGGUAAAAAUAUACCCUUAAAUGAUCUUUUUUCAUGUUUUUGUGGUACUUUGUUUUGAUGUAAUGCUGAAGUCAUUCACAGGAACAGCUAGCAUUUGAAAUCCUUAGGAAAUCGAUUAUGCCAGUUGAGCUGAGAGAAAUAGCAAAGGCAACAGCUGCCCAGCCAGAAUGAGAAAAGUAGAAGGUCCCCAUUGAUGCCAUCUACUGCAAGAAUAUUUCUUGCCAUUUUGGAGCUACUAACAAAACUUAUCUUGCUGAAGAUUGAUCUUCCCUUGAUGUUUGACACCAUGUACAGAUCUACCACUUUGUGUUUUAAGAGUGGAGUGACUUCUUUCCUGAGAACAUGUUCUGUCCAAAUUGACUUUUUUUCAAGAAUAAGCAAGGGACUGUAAUUGGGGUUAAAUGUCAUGGCAUAGAAUUAUUGCCUGAGCAGUGCUGAUUCAAGCAAAAUAGCAAGAGCUUAUGAAACAAAAUGCUUUACUGCACAAGAUCAUUUUAACAAAAUAGCAACACUCUGAAUCCUUGUUCUCAGUAAUACUACUGUUCAAAAUUUUCAAAGUAUAUUUUUAUACUCUUUAGAGGAAGAUGUCAUGUUUGAGUGACUUAUCUUCACUAUGUUAAAUUUGAAAAUUAUGUGCUGUCAAUGAUAUAAAUUAACCAAGACAGCAGAAACUAACCGUGGUUAGUGACACCAUGAUAACACCCUCUUGAAGACUACUGGGAUAAGGUCAGAUAAAGAAAACUGCUUCUCUUCCGCCUCCUUUUUGUGAAGGUUGGAGAGAAAUUCAACAAAUAUAUUUGUAUGCUCAUUUUGCACAAAUUUUGAAGUUCUUGAUCUUGAAGUAGAUGCACCUUAGAUCAUGUUCAUAAUUGUUCCAGUGCAUAAUUACGGACUUUUCUUCACGUCAUUUUGCCAAAACAUUGAUAGAUGCAAUUGCAUGAUGGCCUUGUCACCAAAAUAAUUUUGUAAAGCAGCAGGCAUAUGAAAAACCAAAAAUGGUUUGGCAAACCUGCUUUUCAAAAACAGUGACUUGCCAGCUGUUUCACAAACCAAUUUUGGGGACUACUGGUCACACAGCAAAACAAUCAAGUAUGCUGUUUUGGAAACUUUGUGCACAACUAGCUGAUGACAGAGUUCAUCUGAUCUGCACUUGUAGUUUAGUGUGUGCACAUGUGUGUAUAUAUCUCAAAGCAGUCAAAUAGAGCAAAUAUCUGGUGCAUAUUUGUUUUCAGCUCUUAUAACUGACCUCCAUAAUGUGGGUUUUUCAUUUAUCUUCUGCUUCUUCUGGUUGUAUUUGAAAGGAGGGAUUAAUUUAUAGCGUAAUUCUAGUCCUUGCCGCACUCUUGUAGCAAUAAAACUAUUGAGAGACAAGUAAUACCCAUCAUUUCAUCAGUUGUACCUCAUUAGACUGUCAGGUGCAAAAAUUUUUUUUUUAAGUUUUUAAUUGCAAAUUUACAGUCGAAUCAUAGUGGUUAUUUUUGACCGACUUAAGUUACUUAUACUUUUUUUUUUUUAAUCAAACCAGCUUAGAAAUUGAACUGCCUGCUUUGGAAUUGUAGUCAACAUACUUGCCAGUAUCAGUACUUAUACUUAGCUUUAAUGGUUUACUGACGAGUAUAUGAUUUUUCUCUUAACUUUAUGUUUGUUUUACAACUUUAUGAUGUCAGGAAAGCAGAUGCUGCCUCAGACACAGAAAACAUUUUACACCAACAUACUGUAAUUUAGAUAAACAGUGCAUCCCUUUUAAAAAAUCCACGAUGAAAUUUUGAAGCUGGUUGCUUUCUCAAAAUUGCCAAAGCAAGCGGCCAGAUACUGCCUGCUGAACAGAUACAAAGCUUGUUUCUUCAAAAAAGUUUUUUGCGAGAAAAAUAUUUUCGCAUGAGCCAUAAUUUAUUAUCAGUUUAUAAACAAUCCACGAAAAUGAAGGGUUUAAUGUCCUGUCAAGCUGGCGUGUGGCCAUAGAAGCCAUGUUGAAAAACUAAAUUUGACACUAAAUUUUAGAACAGGUUCAUAAAAUAGCAAACAGAUUUGGUCACAAGGCAAACAAGAAAAACGCGGCUGUUUUAGAAAAGUAUUGUGUUUUCGAUUUGUCCUGUGGUCGCUGCUUAAGUAAUCAUUUUUUCAAACAUUUGAAAGGCAAUUUGAUUUCAUCAUAAACAAAUAGUGUAUAUAAAUUACUCUUUAUACUCCAAUGUGAGUCAAAUCUUUAGAAAUUUGAAUUUAUUUUAAAAAAACUUAGAAGGCAACAAAGUCACUCUCGCUGGUAUUCUUGAUAAUGCUACAUGAUGGUCAUAAAGGAAAACUAGAGAAAUCGGGCACAUUUCUUAUGCAAGUUGGUUUUCCAGCCAGUGAAGUUUCAGGAGUUAAAUGAUCAAAACGGGUAGUCAAGCCGUAAAUACGAUUUGUUGAAUUUAAUUAAAUUCAAAUUAAAGCACCAUGUUAGCAGUAUGUAUGACUACCCAGUAAUAAAUAUCAAAGAGUGAGAUACUUAAAAGAAGAUUCCUUGUUGGUGGGAUCCCAAGAAAGAAUGUCUUUUUCCAUCAUAUUUCUUUACAACUUGUGUACACAGAUGCAUUCUAUAGAUCUGUAAGUUUUAUUAUUUGUAUCAGUUUUAUUUAAGAUGCAUUGAAAUUCUUUCAUCAGUUGGCUAAUGUUUGUAAAACAAACACAUUAACGUUAGGCAGUAAAAAAAAGUGUUGCUUAAAGUCCAUCUAUUAUCACUUCUGUACAAGAAUUGGCCUCAUAACAAUGCAGAAAAAAAAAGUUUGUGCUGAAGCAGUCCUACUGUUCAGGCCAUUCCUGACGUCAUCUUACCACUAUCAGUGGUACUGGUGGAACAAGCUAUCUUUUUUCUUAAAAUGCUAGCAUUCUCGAUGAUCGAUGCAUUGAUUGAAUCUCAAGUUUUUCCAUUAUGCUAUUGCCAUUUUAUAUAUUUAAAACAAAUGAAAUGUUCAUGUCUAAAAAUCACUUUGUAAGGGUUGGUUCAAGAAAAGAGAUUUUCAAAACAGAAUAAAACAAAUUCAUUGAGUAUGAUUUAUUCAGAAAAAGGUUGAAUUCUUGUCAAAAGAGAAAAGACUUGUAUGUCACUUUGAAGGGGAAAAAAAGAAAGGUUAAUGUUGUGGCCUGUGAACUGCUGCCAUCUCAUGCAUCAUGCAGGACUGCCAUUUUUUUGUAAUUUUAUAGAUAUUACUACUUAGACCAUUUCUUGGUUUUGUAAGUAUUUUAGAGGCAGCUACUUUCUGAAGUGUUAAAAAAGUUAUUUGAAAUGCUAAGAAUGUAGUAGCAUGAAUGAACUGCAAGAAUUCUGAAUUUGAUUAAAAUUAUUGUGAUUGAGAACAUAUGUGACCUCCACGACGAAAUUAGUCUUAAGUCGCGCGGAACAGUUUUGUGCUAGAGGCCUCGAAAGGUGAUACGGGUCAAUUUUGUGCAGUUUGAAUUUUCUUUAAAAAUGGAUUCAUUGGUUAUUAAACUAUCAAGAAAAUACAU